CAAUCUGAGCCGCAUGCACAUCCUGCCGGGCCAAACCCCACCUUCCCUGCGCGGAGCCGGGGAGGGUAGCUGCUCAGCUCGAACUCUGCGGUGAUGAGCGGCGGCAGGGUGUAGGAGCCUCAUCACCGCUGCUGCUCUUCAGCCAACAAGGAAACGGAGCUCUGGCCUCGCAAGGCAAGCAAGAGAACUGCUGAGGGUUCUGUUGCCAGUGUCUAGCUGGCCGUACCAUGAUUACUUUUGGAGGAAUUGCUGCCAAACUGGAAAGGAAUCGUUUGCGGGCAGAAGGAGUGGGCGAUCACCACAAUGCUGUUAAAUACCUCAGUCAGGAUUAUGAUUCUCUGAAGCAGGAAUGUUUGGAAAGUGGCACUUUAUUUGAAGACCCCCAGUUUCCUGCCAUUCCUUCCGUUCUUGGCUUCAAGGAACUUGGACCCAGUUCUGGCAAAACCCGUGGCGUGCGCUGGAUGCGCCCAUCGGAAAUUGUAGAUGACCCUCAAUUUAUUGUUGGAGGUGCCACAAGGACAGAUAUCUGCCAAGGAGCAUUAGGUGACUGCUGGUUGUUGGCUGCUAUUGGCUCCUUGACACUCAAUGAGGAACUCCUACACCGUGUUGUACCUCAUGGACAGAGCUUUCAGGAGGACUAUGCUGGCAUCUUCCACUUCCAGAUCUGGCAAUUUGGUGAAUGGGUGGAUGUCGUAGUAGAUGAUCGGCUACCAACCAAGGAUGGAGAGCUGGUUUUUGUGCACUCUGCAGAAUGCCAAGAGUUCUGGAGUGCUCUGCUGGAAAAGGCCUAUGCCAAGUUGAAUGGCUCUUAUGAGGCCCUAUCAGGGGGCAGCACCACUGAGGGCUUUGAAGACUUCACAGGUGGUGUGGCAGAAAUGUACGACCUCAAGCGCCCCCCUAACAACCUCUCCAAGGUCAUUUGCAAGGCUCUUGACAGGGGAUCCUUGCUUGGCUGCUCCAUUGAUAUCACUAGUGCAUUUGACAUGGAAGCAGUUACUUUCAAGAAGCUAGUCAAGGGUCAUGCUUAUUCUGUCACAGGAUUUAGGGAUGUGGAGCAUCGUGGUCGCCAGGAACAGCUAAUUCGCAUAAGGAAUCCCUGGGGGCAGGUGGAGUGGACUGGAGCUUGGAGUGACAGCUCUUCUGAGUGGAAUGAAGUGGACCCUGAUCAGAGAGAGGACCUGCAGCUAAAAAUGGAGGAUGGUGAAUUUUGGAUGUCCUUCCGAGACUUUAUGCGUGAGUUCUCUAGGCUGGAGAUCUGUAACCUCUCCCCGGAUGCUCUGACUAAGGAUGACUUGAGCAAGUGGCACACCACUCUGUUUGAGGGCAGCUGGCGCCGUGGCAGUACUGCUGGGGGUUGCAGGAACCAUGCAGCCACAUUCUGGGUUAAUCCACAGUUCAAGAUCAAGCUCUUGGAAGAAGAUGAUGACCCAGAUGAUGAUGAAGUAGCUUGCAGCUUCUUAGUGGCGCUGAUGCAGAAACACCGGCGAAAAGAGCGCCGAGUUGGAGGAGAUAUGCACACUAUUGGCUUUGCAGUCUAUGAGGUUCCUGAGGAGUUCCAGGGUUGCCAGAGUGUUCACUUGAAGAAGGAUUUCUUCCUAAGGAACCAGUCUCGGGCACGCUCAGAGACCUUUAUCAACCUACGGGAGGUGAGCAACCACAUCCGCCUGCCCCCUGGCGAGUACAUCAUAGUGCCUUCUACAUUUGAACCUAACAAAGAAGCAGACUUCGUCCUGCGGGUCUUCACUGAGAAGCAGUCAGACACAGAGGAGUUGGAUGAGGAGAUUUCAGCAGAUUUGCCAGAUGAGGAGGAAAUCUCUGAAGAUGAUGUAGAUGAAAACUUCCGGAACAUGUUCCAGCAGCUUGCAGGAGAGGACAUGGAAAUCAGUGUGUUUGAGCUCCGGACCAUCCUGAACAGAGUUGUUGUCAGGCACAAGGACCUGAAGACAGACGGGUUCAGCAUGGAUUCCUGCCGCAACAUGGUCAACCUGAUGGAUAAAGAUGGCAGUGCUCGCCUGGGCAUUGUGGAGUUUCAGAUUUUGUGGAACAAGAUCAGAGCUUGGCUGAACAUCUUUCGGCAGCAUGACAUAGACAAGUCAGGCACCAUGAGUGCUUAUGAGAUGCGUCUGGCUCUGGAAUCAGCUGGCUUCAAACUGGAUAACAAGCUGCACCAGGUGGUGGUGGCACGUUAUGCUGAUGAGUCACUGGGUGUGGACUUCGAUAAUUUUGUCUGCUGUUUAGUCAAGUUGGAGACGAUGUUCAGAUUCUUCCAAAGUAUGGAUCCUGAAGGUACUGGGAUUGCUGAGAUGAAUCUUGGUGAGUGGCUGAUGUUCACAAUGUGCGGCUAAAGCAAAGACGGAACUGUCUGAGAAGAUCCCAUUGGACUAGGCUGCCCCAAGUGCCUCUCUCAUGUCAGGCUGACACACAGAAUGACUCAUCGCCCUGCCCCUCUCUUCUCACCCACCUAUGCAGAGCCCAGAAUGUGCUUCCUUUCCUUGUGAUGGCAAACAUAUCGGUACCCCAGGAUUAAGUUCGCCCCACAUCACCUGUUCAGAAACCUAUCCAGUUUCUUUAGUUAGUAGGGCUGAGGGGCAGCUGUUUCCUGCUGGAGCAUGGCAUGUGCCAGUGCUCAAGAGAGCUGGGACAGAGGUGUGAGAGGGGGCACAGAUGCAUGCUGGGGUCACUGCAUGUAGGCUUUAGUGUAGUUGCACUUGUCAGGAGGGCACCUACCUUCAAAGCAGAGGGUGUGGGGCUGUGUUGCUUUCUCUCCCUCCUCUCUGGCCACUGCUACUGAUCUGGAUCCUGCAAGAAAAACCUCACUUGCUCUCUCUGAGCAUUACCACAAGCUCUGCUUUGCUUUUUUUCUAGUAAGUUAACUCAGUGGCAGAUUAAGGGUUUAACUUUUAAUUUAACUCUUGGUGUGCAUUAUCAAGUGAUAGAGCAGCCAAAAAGAUGGAGGUCACAUAUUUACCAGGUACCCAAGGCAUAAAAAGGGCUCAAUAGCCAGUACUGUCCCCAUUUUAUCUUUGCAUGAAACACCUACGGUCGUCUCUGCCUCUUCCAAGUCACCUGCUUGGAAGUCAAGGCCCCCCAAGAUCAGUUAGGUCAUGCUAGUGAGCACUAUGUCAAGAAUUGGUUGCUUUGGUUCAAAGUGUCUCUGCUUUCUUCUUAGGUCAAGCCCAAUUAUGUAAGUUGCUCUGGCAAGGCAACCAAAAAAAAAAUCGUCAAGAGGUAGGGAGAAAGUUUCAGCACUGGUGGCCAUGUUAAGAGGGGGAAAGAGAAGGCGGUGGGUAACUUCCUAUUUCUUCCCAGAUACUUGGGAGUCCUGCCGUUAGUGCCAUAUACUCAUAACAGUAAUUUAGCUUUUUGAAAUUGUGCAAGGAAGCAAAGUUAGCAGGAAAAUGCUACUAGGGCCAGCAGGAAAAUGCUACUAGGGGCGUGCCUGCUUGUUCCUAAGCUGCUCAGUUUCUUUUUCAUGUUUACCCCCACAAUCGGUUGGUGAGAAUAGAAGGAAACAGCUGUGAAAGCCUUCAAAUGGGAGCUUGCAGUCUGCCCAAAUGUGUCUCAGUAACUGUAUGAACUACUCAUAAGGAGCAAUCCUAAGCAGGUGUACUCAGAAGUCAGUCCCAUUUUGUUUGGUGGGACUUACUCCCAGGAAAGUGUUCUUAGGGCUGUAACCAUAGCGUCAUUGCCUAUCCAGACGAGGUUAUCUCAGUCCAGUUGUUGCCGCUCCUACCCAUCUGUGACCACUUCCUAUUUCUUUUCCUGAAUGUGGUUUUCAUGGUUGAAGCUGAUCAUUGCCUACAGGGAAGAUCUCUGAGAUGCCUUGUUAGCUCUAAUAGGCCUUUCUGUGGCAGAUCAGGAUAUAUCAGUCUUUUCCAGGGGUUUUUGAAUGGAAUAACACACAUAAAUGAUGGAAUGAGUUCCACUCAGGUGUCCUCUUAAUGCUAAGCUGUUACAGAGCAUCUUAUCCUGCACUCCUCCUACUGCAUGAGUUUAACAGGAUCUUUGCUAGAGUUCACAGUUUAGCAGCUAUUGCAGAUACCUAUCAAACCUCCCACCUUGCCAGGUGCACAACAAAAAUAUUUUUUUCCAGAAGAAUGUUCUUAAGGUUGUUGCUUCCUUCUAGGUUAAUGUUGCUCUUCUGUAGAUAAGAAUCUCCAUCCAUAAAUGUCGUUGGCAGGUGAGUGGGGAGCCACCAUUCAGCAAGGCAUAAAGUAUAACUGUCCCUUUGCUCUUAGUGGGAAUGCCUGACAGUAGUGAUCAGGAUGGACAUGCAUUCGGUUGGCUGUGUAUCCCAUCCAUAGUUUAUUAUGAUCCACAGUCAGUUAAACAUUACCAAAAAUCAGCAGUACACAGUGCAUACAAAUUAUACAUAAAAUAAAGUGUUUUAUAGAGGAGUCAUACAAUUAGUGGUAAUGAUAUUAUUAAAAUACUAAACCAGCUAUUGGGAAAAAUAUGGAUGUAAGAUUUAAGUGGGAGUAGUAGAUCUAACAGCAGGAUGCAGAGGUGGCUGCAUCCUCUAUGGCUGCAAGAUCUGAUUGUCUGCUGUGCUGCAGCCUUGUUUUCUGAACACUGUCCCAGCUCUCUCAGAAUAAAAAAACUUACGCAAGUUUUUAAUUGUGUGUGUGUGUGGUGGGGUGGGUGGGUUCAGAAUUGCCAAAAUAAUACCUAGUCCCCAUUUUAAAAGCCAAAUUGUAGCACUGGAGGAUGUGUUACAUUACGCAGAUUGGGGUGGAAAGGGGCUUUUCUGGGCAGCAGAUACUAGAAGUCACCAUAACAGAUCAGCAUGCAGAAAACUGUUUGCUCUUUUUUUGCCUGUCAUUCUCUUCUAGAAGGACAUUCCAUCACAUAGUCAAUUUUUUUCCCUGAACCCCAAUGCUUUUGUCAGGUGUGUCUUCCUGCCCAGUUUCAGCCACCAAACCCCUCAUUCACAUUGGCAACGGCCUUGGUGGUGCUUUGCAGCAGGGACUUGCACCUUCCCACUGCCUUAGGACUUCUGUCUGUAUUGAUAACCACUCCAGCUCAAAUAGCAGAGCUGCCUCUUUAGCCAACAUGCAACAUAUGUGAAAUAAUAAAUAGAGCUGUAUCUAC